GCGCGCAUUGAUUUGCGCGGCGCCACGUCGGCAGAAAUGUAGAAGAAGAGGACAAGACGCGAGCAACGAAGAAGAAACAGCAGCAACCGAGGAACGUUGGUGCGUGCGUGGCGUUGUGCGCGAAGCGAAGCGGACUUGCGGGAAGACAAGACAAGCACACGCCGCCACGUUGACGAGCUCUGGCGGGGCCCGAGAAACUGUGCAAAGAAGGCCGGCCGCCGUGAGCCUCUUCCCGCUUGGAGCUCGUCAUUCGUCCCGAAGGCUCUUAGUCGUCGGAGGCUGAAAGACGAGCAGAGACAAACGGUGUCAAGUUUCUCCUUCGCCAGGUGUGACACGGGCACGAUGGUCAAGAAUGUGAAUAAUGUCAAUGUGGAGCCCCAGCCUGGCACCACCCUGGCCGCCAAUCAAAACGAGCCCAGCUGCAGUGAGCCCGCAGAGGACUCGUCCAAGGAUCACACAGCGGCGCAGCCCGGCAUGGUGUGGCGAGUGACGGGCGGCCUCUUCAACGUCACCAAGGGCGUGGUGGGCGCGGCCGUCGGCGGCGUGGCCUGGGUGGGCGGCAAGAGCCUGGAGAUCACUAAAUCGGCCGUCAGCGCCGUGCCCGCCGCCGGCGUGGGCCUGGUGAAGGGCGGCGUGUCGGCCGUGGCGGGCGGCGUGUCCUCGGUGGGCUCCACGGUGGCCAACAAGGUGCCCUUCACCGCCAAGAGGAAGGACAAGGCUGAGUGAGGAUCACCCAUUCAGACUUUCACAAAGGGUCCACGUGGUGUGGUUUUUAUGUGUCCAAUGUUCAAUACCUGGGGGAAAACAAAGCAAAAAAAAAAAACACAAAAAAAUCCUUGCACAGACUGGAAUCCACGCCGCAACCAUGGUGGCUGUUGAUCAAUUUUGUGUGUGCGUAAUCUGGACUGUGCUUGACAUUGCGCACACAAUCAAAUAUUUUGCUCAUGGUUUGUCGGUUUUGUCAGUUUCAACAGGCAUUCUCAAUUUCAUGCUGAGGAGAAGCCUCGCGUAACUGCUCCCAGUGAGUAUUAGGGCCGCACUGAUGAGGACGAAAAUCAAAACGGUAAUCGGCAUUAACUUGCAAGAGAAUAAAGGGGAGAAAGAAGUCGUGUUUUCAAGAUUUUUUUUUCCUGUAAUGCCUGGCAUGAAAAACAUGGAAGAAAAAUCAGAUUUUGUCAAAUAAAUUAUGUUUUGCCAGGGAAAAAAAUAUAUACUUUCGGGGGCAAUUAAGUUGUAUUUUCAAGUUUUUUUUGUUUUUUAGGAAAAUGUCUUCAUAUUAGAAUUCUGCAUAUUUUCAAUUAUGAAAAUAUAUAAUCUUGAAAGAAGUUAGAUCUUUUCCCAUGUCAUAAACGCUCACUGAGGUCAUAGAACAUUUUCAAUUUGAAUUUGAAAUGUUCUUUUUUUUCCUCAAAAAUUCGUUUUAUUUUUUAUUUUUUUACCUAUUCCCCAAAAAACCCCACAUAUUUUCCCUGAAAAGAAAUCCCCUGGCAUGACAAUAGUCUUUUUCCCGCAGGAAAAAAAAUUAAAUUAUAUACAUUUUUAAUACUUGUGUUUUCUUGGGAGAAAUACCCCCCACCCCCAUUAAAAAAAAAAAAUCCUGAAAAACUGACUUCCAGAAAAGAACAUGUAAAAUACUCAUCUUAAAUGUUAUUUUCUUUGAAAAAAUAAUGCAUGUGUCCAAAACAGUCUGACCUUAUUCUUGUUUACAUUUUGACAAUUAUCAUUGUAGUAGUUCUUUUCAGUGUGGGCCGUAAUACUCUACAGUACACAUUUGUCGGGUGUGUUUUAUAAAAAAAUUCACAUGAAGCCGAGCACUCACAAGAAAUAGACUUCCUGAAAUGUGUUUUUUCCUAUUGAAAUGCUGUUAUAUCUUUUAAGUGCCUGAUCAGUCAGUACGAGCAGAAGUAUAAUCGCCUUCCCCAACUCUGCUGUCUUUUGACCAUUUCUGCAACAUUUCAAAGUGCCAGCGCGUUACCGGGAGUGAGCUGGAGUUUUUGCCGAUGGGAAUUUGUGAAUUAUGUCUUUUCAAUAUGUCAAUAAAGUCGUUUU